AUGGUACUCGUAGUGAUGACGCACACCAUCACCGCGGACAUGCCAGGUUAUUCGAUUGUGCUGGGCUUCAUCCAUCCAUUCCAGACACGGGCCUUGGCCUUUAUCAGUGGAGUUGUGAGCAAAAAGGGGCGAAGUCUCCAGGAAAUGGGGCGAUCGUCGCGGGACACGGCCGUCCAGAUCCUUGUCUUCUGCGCCUUCCUCCAUCCGGUUUGCUACAACCUCUUCGCAGGGAAGCUGAGCAUCGAUCCUGUCGCCUACCUGCGCACGGUGGUCAAUCUUCUGCUCUUCUCCGGUGAGCAGAUCCAUUGGUACCUUUAUGGGCUGUUGUGGUGGCGCCUGCUCAGCUGGUCGCUGGAGCAGGUUGAAAGCCCAUUUCAAAGCAUCGCCGUCUCCCUCGUUGUCGCAGCCCUGGCCUCAUACUACUACUCGCCAUGCUUGAGCGUGACCGAAUCCUUGGCUUGCUGGCCAUACUAUGUUGCCGGAGAUUUGUGCAGUCGAUUUUGGUCCGAGCUCGACAAGAACUAUAAGCUCAUCAGGUCUCCUGCAUCGUGCUGCCUGGGAGUGCUCGCUUUCCUUGGCCUGCACGGGGCGAUUGUGCAGCUUGGAUGGACACAGCACUUUCCCUUCUCCGGCGGUUGCAUCCCAUGGGCGAUGCAGGAGCUCGACUACGACAACUCUGGCCUGAAAGGCUUCAUUGGCUUCCUCCUCCGCGGCUGCCUGGGAUACUUCUUGAUGUUUGGAAAGAUCGUGACCUUCUUGGUGUUCUGUUGCCCCGAUGUGGCGACAUUCAUAACACCUCUUGGCCGGCACACCAUCUUCCCCUACCUUUUACACUAUCCCGCCGUGCCCUUGUACCGGAACUUCAUGCAUCAAGCACUGAGCUACAGUCCAAGCGGGUCUACAGCGCAGGCACACCUGUGGGUCGUUGCGCUCCUUAUGAGCAUCCUGGUUGUGAGCGUCCUGGCAUCGACGACCACGCGAGCCCUCUUCGGAUGCGUGCUGCUGCCAUUCCGCCGAGCAGACUCUGAAUUCGAGCCAGCGCUACUAAUGCCAUUAUGGGCACAAGCUCGGAUCCCCUGCCCUCAACAGUAG